AUGGCAACCACGCACGCAGAGGUGACGGGCUGGCAGCGCGUCUUGGCGCAGUACGCGCCGCAGGAAGAGGCAUGGCAGCACGCCGAGACCAAGAUGCGGGCGUAUGCGCAGCAGGUGCUGCGCGACGUCAAGGGUGAUGAUGCCCAAAAGCGGUCCGCGACCAUCGACUUUGUCAAGGAUCUCGUGCCCGAGGACGUCAAGCCCGAAGUCGAGAGCUUGCCUGUGGAGCAGUUUGCGCUGGGCCUCAUCUUUUACGGCCCGUUCCAGGUCUACGAUCGCGUGUACCGCCACAUCUCGUCCGACUACGGCAAGGAAAUGUCCAUGCAGGCGCGCAAGGGCACCGAGCACGACACGACAGGCCACGUCUACGGCGAAAUCGCAUUCUUCCCGUUCGCAGACAUCCUGCAUGCGAUCGCGCCCGUGCUGCCGCAGAACAACGCCGUCUUCUACGACUUGGGCUCGGGUGUCGGAAAGGCGGUUGUCGCAGCCGCGCUCUUGCAUCCGUUCCACAAAUCCGUCGGCAUCGAGGUCUUGCAGCCGCUUGUGGACUUUUCCCACGCCCGUGUCGACAAGCUCGGCCAGGACUAUGACGGCAUUGCGCAGACGAUCUCGUUCGUGUCGGGCAGCUUCUUGGACCAUCCGUGGAGCGACGGCGACCUCGUCUUUAGCCACAGCACGUGCUUCUCGCCCGGCACGUGGGAACGCAUCUCCAAGCAAGCCGAGCAGUUGAAGCAAGGCGCGUACUUUGUCUCGGUGUCACACGUCCUCUUGUCACCGCUCUUUGAGGUACUGCGCACGAUGGUGGUCACGAUGAGCUGGGGGAGCUGCACCGUCUACAUCCACCGUCGCAUGCGGAUUGGCCGCUGGGCGACCAAGAUGUUGCAAGGCGGCAGCGCGAUUCGCACGGAUCUCCAGCAGCGCCGGGGCGCAACGCCCAAGGAGAACGAAAACUCGAGCCCGACGCCGAUGCCAUCCGUGCCUUUCAACCUUCCCGACGGCGAAUGGCGGGCCAAGCUCAGCCCCGAGCAGUACCGCGUUUUGCGCCAGAAAGGCACCGAGCGGCCGGGCACAGGCGCCUUCACCAAGCACAACGCGCUUGGCACGUACCUCUGCGCGGGCUGCGACGCGCCGCUGUACACGUCAUCGCAAAAGUUCAACUCGGGCUGCGGAUGGCCGGCCUUCUUUGAUGCGAUCCCGAAUGCGAUCAAAGCGCUGCCAGAUGGCAGCCGCAUCGAGAUCGUCUGCGCCAACUGCGGCGGGCACAUGGGGCAUGUUUUCAAGGGCGAGGGCUUCGAGACGCCGACCGACGAGCGCCAUUGCGUCAACAGCGUCUCGCUCAAGUUUACGUCGUCGCCUGCGCCAUGA